AUGAGGUCGUCGUCGACGGCUGCAGCAGUGGUUCUUGUCCUCGCAGUCGUCGUCCUCGCCUCCGGCGGUGUUGUUGGCGCGGCGGCGCGGCCGGUGGUGGGGCUGGGGCAGCAGAGCGGCGGCAGCGGCUCCGGCAAUCGCGUCGUCGUCGCGGUGGAGUUGGCGUCGGGCACGGAUUCCUCAGCGCAGCCGUCCAACUGCACCUACGGGAACAACGUCGGCGGCGUGUGCUCUCCCUUUCCUCCCAGCACUUCCGGCGUUGGGCACUAG